AUGGCGAUUCCUGAAGAUGAGCUCUACCAAGCUCGCGGGGAUUCGGAUGCCCGCUUCGUGGACCAGUCACAUCUGACAUAUAUGAUUCCCUUUGAAACGGAUCUCAAUCUCGAGGAAGCUUUCAAGGAUGUCGAUCCCUCACCAUCCGUGUUAGACGAAACCGUCGACGUCCUCCUCAUACUAAGGACACCCUGGGCCGACGAGAAGACGCUGAGCGCAAACUUCUCUCGCCUCGUCAUCUCACUCGAAGCUCACGUCGUCAACACCGGCACCGUCGGUGACACCGAGAGCUCCAGCCCUCCUGGUCAAGAUGUCAUCUUCACCGGUACCGUGCAGGACCUGGACGACCCCUUCAUCAUCGUCGACGAGUCUGAUGCGAGCAGCGACGACAGCGACGAGGAGCAGCAGGAGCAGCAGCACGUGUACGCCAUCUGGAAGAUGCCCGUCUUUCUCGCCCGGCCCCGGUUAAGGCUACGCCGCCCUGUCGCCGUGUUCCAUGCGUCCGCCGCCCUUCAGCCGGUGGAUCAGACAGUGGGAGAGAUUGGUUACCUGCAGAGUGGUGUACCUUCCGGCCUGAAUCUCCUCGAGGCCUUUGGCAACGACCCGGCGGUCGAGGGCAUCAAGCCACGUCUCUCGGCCCUUCGCGUCUCACGAGUCGCGCCACUCACCGACCCCAAAGAGCUAGCGAGGUCUAUCAAGGCUCUGAAAGAGAUCAAGUUGGACAUAGCCCCAGCCGUCCACGCCCGUGUCAGGAUAGCGAGACCCACAGGCCAACCUCCCAACUCAGCCUUGACGGCCGUCCUCGAGAUCGACUUCAGCGGCACGACCCCAUGCGACAUCACCAUCGAUGGCAUCACUCCUCACCUCAAGGGCGGAACGGUCGAUGAUCUCAAUCACCUGGCCGGCGUGCAGCUUCUUCCAUUGACCUGCCUCCCUCAUGAUCACGUCACCUUUCUCUACUCCCUCCUCCCCUCUGACCUCGAGGACAUCGUGAAGAACCCCAUCCGCGACUUGGACAUCACCAUCAAGGCCACGGCCAACCUCGCACCGUCAUGCACCCCAAAACUGAGCCUGUCGUGGGUCACCCCCUCGAUUUCACCAUACCACUUUCCAUCGGCGGCAGCCAACCGAACCGAGACAACCAUCCCCGACCUCGGUAUCACCAUUACCUUUAGCGCUCCCGUCGAACCCAUCUACCCGGGCGAUGCCUUCUCGUGGACCAUCUAUAUCGUUAACCGCUCGUCAGACAAGACUCCACCACCGCCCCGCAAACUCGCCAUCCUCGCCUUGCCUAAGCGCCGGAGGGAUCACCACCCGGACUCCGGGCAGGUUGCCGAUGCCGUCCUAGACGACAACAUUGUCCAUGCGAUGCACAAGAAUUCCGUUGUCGAAGCAACUGAUGUUGUCUGCCUUAGCUCGGACGUCCGGGUUGGGCCUCUGGCGGCCGGUACUUGUCAUGUCGCCGAACUGAAGUUUAUGGCCCUUCGGGAGGGAGUGCUGGGCGUUGAGGCGGUUAGGGUCGUGGAUCUCGGCUCCCAGGAGCACGUCAUUGCCCCGAGUAAAGCAAACGCCGCCCCAAUGCUAGAAAUGCAGACGUAG